AUGGGCGUGUAUUUUUCGAGAUGGUGGAAAACUGAAGACUACAUUGAGGGAAUUGGUUUUUUCGAUUUGCCAUGGGAAAUGAGACAAAUGAUAGUGGAUUUAAUGGAUCUUCGAACAAAAUCAAGAUUUUCGAAAUGUUCCGACGAUUGUUAUGAAGAAGUUAGCCGAAGUCGAAAUUUUAUCGAAGAAAUCGAAAUUGGCGAUAAGGGAGAGAGGAAAAAACGAGAAAUUCAUAUUGUUUUGAGGGCAAACGGUCAAAAAUGGAUGUAUCGAAUAAUGCGAAUUGCAACUGGAGAUUGUCUAGUUCUCUGGGAGAUGGAUAAGAAAAUCAUUUCGUAUAAAUUAUUUGAGAAUCGAGAAACACUGAUGGAUGUGCUUUUGGUGUAUUUCAAUGAGAUUUUGAGGAAAAACGCGAAAAGUUUGAAAAUUUUCGACAUUUACACUGUAAGUUUUUUAUUUUCAAAAAAAAAUUGAUAAAAAAUCACAAAAAAGUAUGACCAGAAAACAUGA